AUGGUGGAUUUAAAAACUUUUCUCUACCUAGCUCUCCAGUAAAAAAUUAAUUUUAAAAUGAAAUUAUCCAUGAAAACUUGUCUCAAAUAAUCACACAAAGCAUCCUUAAAACAAUCAAAGUUAACAAUUUUUAAAAAAACGAUGAUCUAAAUUAAAUUAUAUACACUCUCAAUAAAUCUAGUAAAAUUAUUAAGGACAUCAUUUUUCUCAACGAAAAGAUAAACAAUUAACAAAACUUUUUUGAAUAUGUUUCUAUUUAGGAAAAGAAUAUUUAAUAUUUUUAUGAUUCUAUUGAGUAUGAAUUCAUCCCAAAAGGUAAACCUCUAUACGAGCUCGGUCAUACUGCAGAUUGCAUGUUUCUUCUGCUUGAAGGAGAAGCCUAUUACUUAAUUAAGUCUUUUGGCAAUAUGUGGAAUUAACUAAAGGAUGCUCUAAUCUUAGGAAAGUAUCUUGACUUAAACAUUGCUAAAAUAAUAAGGAAAUAUGAUUUUAUAGGAGACUAUGAUUUGUUGA